AUGACGGUCAAAGAAGUCAAAGAUCCUGAGAAGCCUGGUUCGGUGCAGAUGGAGGUCGCCUCUGCCGAAGACAGUCUGAAUGCUUCAGCAGAUGGUGACUAUUCAGGAGCGGUCGACAAAACCAGCGCUGCUGAGAUCGCGCUGUGCCGCAAGCUGGAUCGACGAAUUCUUCCGGUACUGUGGGCUAUGUACUACCUUAAUUAUCUGGAUCGAAAUGCGAUUGCCCAAGCUCGACUGAACAAUUUGGAAAAAGAUCUUGGAUUGGUCGGCUCGCAAUUCAAUGUUGCAGUCUCAAUCCUUUUUGUUGGUUAUCUUGUCAUGCAAGUACCAUCCAACAUGAUCAUGUCUAAAGCGCAUUUCAAGCCGAGUUACUACAUGGCAGCGUGCAUGGCAAUCUGGGCAAUAGUGAGCGCAUGUACCGCACUGGCUCAUAAUUAUAUCGGUCUGUUGAUGGUUCGGUUCUUUUUGGGAAUAACUGAGGCACCAUAUUAUCCAGGUGCAAUGUAUCUGCUCUCGUUAUUUUACACUAGAAAGGAGAUCGCUACACGACUUUCCAUCCUAUACUCCGCAAAUAUUAUCGCAACUGCCACCUCGGGCCUCAUCGCUGCAGCGACUUUUGCAUCACUCGACGGAAAGCAUGGGCUCGAAGGCUGGAGAUGGUUGUUCAUAAUAGAAGGAGCCGUUACCUUUGGAGUCGCAAUCAUCAGCAUGUUCUUCCUCCCAGAUCAUCCGCUGACGACUAGAUGGUUGACUCCAGAGGAGCGACAGCUCGCGCACGAACGUAUCGCAAAAGACACAGUGGGACUAGAGAGCAACAAAGGGGCACGCGCAGGAUUCAUGCAAGCCGUUCGCGAUCCUCGCCUGUGGCUUUUCACCUUCAUGCAAAACUGCCAUCUGUCCGCAACGGGGUUCAACUCUUUCUUUCCCACCGUCGUCAGAACCCUUGGAUUCUCCCGCACCAUGACGCUGGUACUCACCUGCCCUCCAUACUUGGUUUCAGCCCUAGCUUGCCUGGGCACGGGAAUCAGCUCAGGAAAAUUCAAUGAGCGUACCUGGCAUAUUACAGGUGGCAUGGCGGUGGCAAUGGUGGGCUUCAUCACUGCAAGUUGCACGAUGAAUGUCGCGGCUAGGUAUACAGCUUGCUUCUUGUUCGCUUCUGGUUGUUAUGCCGUCAACGCUGUCAUCUUGGGUUGGGUGACAGCAACACUGGGCCAGACCAGUGAAAAGAAGGCAGCUGCUUUGUCGAUUGUCAACAUGUUCGGCAAUGCCUCCUUCAUCUACACUCCAUACCUAUAUCCCCAGUCAAAUGGACCAAAAUACUUGAUCGCGAUGUCUUCCAAUACCGCGUUCUCCUUCGUCACUAUUGUGUGUGCCUGGAUCCUGCGAGUGUGGUUGAUGCGGACGAAUUCUAAGAUCAAGAAGAGUGAUGCCACCAACAAGGUGUUAUAUGCAUACUAG